CAAGCCACGACAGAAGACCAAUUCAGGAGGCAGUAACAAGGAAAACCAGAGGGAGAGAAUGAGUGGGGUUACAGCUUCCCCGCAAAUACUUAGCGCCUUUCUUCCUCAAUCCACCAGCUCCCUGCCCAAACCAGCCAUCGCCACCUUCAAGCUCACUAAACGCAAUACCCAGCUGGCCCUGAGUUCCGCCGGAGCGCGCCGCGGAACCAGCUUGAGAUGCAGCAGCGGCACCGACCCCGGUUCUGAGGAGAAGGAGAGCAAGAGUGUACUGGAUGCCUUCUUCUUGGGGAAGGCUCUAGCGGAAGUGCUGAACGAGCGGGUUGAAUCCGCCGUCGGCGAGAUUAUGAGUACUAUUGGCAAGCUUCAAUCUGAGCAGCAAAAGCAAAUACAAGGCUUCCAGGAAGAUGUGAUUGGGAGAGCCAAGAAGGCCAAGCAAGAAGCUGCACAGACUACUUCAGUAGUUGAGGCAUCAACUGAUGAUGGUGAACCCCAAACUUUAGAGGUGGAGGUGUUGACCGGGGAAUGAACCUUUUUCCCUGGAUUACAUCUUCAGUCAGCCGCGGCCCCAUCGUCAUCUAUUUAAACGUUUUUCCUCCUACAAUUUUCCCUUUCCAAUUAUAUAGUAGUUCGGUUCGAUUGUAUUACUUCGGUUGCGUUG